AUGCCUGAGAAUGUGCUCUCCUUGCUUGUGGAGUUGAUUAGUGGCCGGUCAGAAGCCAAUGGUGACUUCAGGGUGGAAAUAAUACCCAAUAUUAAAGUUGCUGUCAUGACUUUUCACAAAAAUACUGUGGUGGACACCUACUUGGCCAAAAAGCUUGUCUUCAAUGAAAGGCCCAUUACUGUGUUUCCAUAUUAUGUGACUUUGGGCGUAGCCUUAUAUGGAAAGGAGAAGCCCCUGAGAAAGUUGCUAGCACCAUUUUGGUCAAGAGACCAAGCCAGCUGGAAAAAUGAUCUUUCCAACAGACAUGUGAUAGCCUCAACCCAAACCAAAGAAGGUCUAAAGCUUGUGAUGAUAAGUGGAGAUGUUAUUUAUUUCCAGGCCGAUGUCAUCGUCAACACUGUUCCCAUGAAUCUUCAGCUUGGAGGAGGACCACUAUCUCAGUCUCUUUUGCAGAAAGCUGGUCCAAAGCUCCAGGAAGAGUUAUAUGCCACCAGGCAGGGAACAGAGGAGAAAGUGGGUAGCAUAUUCAUGACAAGUGGCUGCAAUCUGAACUGCAAAGCUGUGCUCCAUGUCGUGGCACCAGGCUGGGAUAAUGGAGCAGGGUCUUCUCAGCAGAUCAUGGCAAAUAUAAUCAAGAAAUGUUUGACAACUAUGGAAGAGUUAUCUUUUUCAUCAAUCACAUUUCCCAUGAUUGGAACAGGAAAUUUGAGUUUUCCCAAAGCUACUUUUGCUGAACUAAUCCUUUCAGAAGUGUUCAAAUUUAGUAGCAGUGCAUGGCUGAAAACCUUACAAGAAGUUCACUUUCUGAUACAUCCAGGUGAUAACGAAAUCCAUCAGGCAUUUUUAGAUGAAUUCACUAAAUGGUCAAGAGGAAAUCCUGACAAGGACAGGAUUCUCAUGGCUGGAGAUGGCCAAGGAAUCUUCAAGACUGUCUCCAACCCUGGGUUCACAGCAUAUGAAAUGAAAAUUGGUGCAGUUACUUUCCAGAUUGCUACUGGAGAUAUUACCAAAGAAAAGGCAGAUGUGAUUGUAAACUCAACAACAAGGACAUUUAAUCUGAAAUCAGGGGUGUCAAAAGCAGUUUUGGAAGGUGCCGGACCAGCUGUGGAAAGUGAAUGUGCUGUACGAGCUGUACAGCCUCACAGAGAUUUUAUAAUUACACAAGGUGGAUACUUAAUGUGCAAGAUAAUAAUUCAUGUUCUUGGGGAAAAUGAUGUCAGAAAAACGGUUUCCACUGUUCUGGAAGAGUGUGAGCAGAGGAAGUACACUUCUGUUUCCUUUCCAGCCAUCGGAACAGGCAACGCCAGAAAAAACCCAGUCAUAGUUGCUGAUGACAUGAUCAGUGCUAUUGUAGACUUCGCCUGGAAACAUUCCACCCCAUCAUUAAAAAAAGUUAAAGUUGUCAUCUUUCUGUCUGAACUGCUAAAUGUAUUCUAUGACAACAUGAAAAAGAGAGAAAAUUCUGCAUCACCCGUCUUUCAGUCCACAUUCUUCGAGAAUGCAUAUAAUAUUCCUGAACACUGGACUGACAUGAAUCAGCAGCUGUCCUGUGUGAUCGAACUACAACCCGGACAGUCAGAAUACGACACCGUAAAGGACAAGUUCUCUGAGACUUGUCUUUCCUACAAAAUAGAGAAGAUAGAGAGGAUACAGAAUAUAUGGCUCUGGAAGAGCUACCAGAUAAAGAAAAAGCAUAUGGACAUCAAGAAUGGCCAUACAGAUAAUGAGAGAGUCCUAUAUCAUGGGACAGCUGCAGACUCAGUGCCAUAUGUCAAUCAGCAUGGCUUCAAUCGCAGUUAUGCUGGGAAGAAUGCUGCAGCCUAUGGAAAGGGAACUUAUUUUGCUAUUGAUGCCAGUUAUUCUGCUAAUGAUAAGUACUCCAGACCAGACAGCAAUGGGAGAAAGCAUAUUUAUGUUGUGCGAGUACUUACAGGAGUCUACACACUUGGAUAUGCAGGAUUAGUUACCCCUCCAUCAAAGAACCCUCACAAUCCCACAGAUCUGUUUGACUCUGUCACAGACAAUGUACAACAUCCAAGCCUAUUUGUGGUGUUCUCUGAUAAUCAGGCUUACCCAGAAUAUCUCAUAACUUUCAGGUGUUGA